AUGGACGAGAAUUAUCUCUGGAACUGCUUCGCGCACACGGGCGAGGUGCAAUCAGUGAAGAUCAUUCGCAACAAGGCAACGGGGUACAGCGAGGGGUACGGGUUUGUGGAGCUGUCGUCGCAUGCAGUGGCGGGGGGUGUGCUGGGCAUGUAUGCGGGCACCGCCAUGCCCCAGACCGACCAGCAGCCCUUCCGACUCAACUGGGCGAGUUUCGGCAUGAACGACCGCCGGCAAUCGGACGGGCCAGAGCACAGUGUGUUUGUGGGCGACCUAGCAGCGGACGUCACGGACCAGCUGCUCACAGAGACCUUCCGUGCACGAUACCCCUCCGUGCGAGGCGCCAAGGUCGUUAUGGAUAACACUACAGGGCGCAGCAAGGGGUACGGUUUUGUGCGGUUCGCAGCGGUGGAGGAGAGGGACCGUGCGCUAGGGGAGAUGAGUGGGCAGUACUGCUCCUCGCGCCCCAUGCGCAUCUCCAUCGCCACUCCCAAGAAGGCCGCUGCUUCUUCCUCCUCUGCCUCUGCUGCUGGGGGUGCCUCGCCUGCUACUGCCGGCCUGCUCUCGCGAGUUCCAGUGGGAGUGGCACCACAGCAGGCGCAGCUGCCCCACCAGCAGCAGCACCACCACCACCAGCAGCAGCAGCAUCAACAGCAGCAGCAGCAGCAGCAGCAGGGAGGGGGACAUGGGCACGGGCAUGGGGGGAUAGACGACCCGUCAAACACCACUGUGUUUGUGGGGGGGUUGGAUGCAAGUGUGAGUGAGGAGCAGCUGAGGAGUGUGUUUGGAGCCUUCGGGGAGCUUGUAUACGUCAAGAUACCCUUCGGCAAGGGCUGUGGCUUUGUGCAGUUCCGGCAAAGAGCACACGCAGAGGAGGCCAUUCGCAGCGUGCACGGCACCAUGAUCGGGCAGCAGGCAGCGCGGCUGUCUUGGGGAAGGAACCCCACCGGCAAGGUGAGGAGGGUGCACACAACACAGACAGUGGCAUACAAACUACUGGAUGAAACAGGGCGAGCGGCAAUCACAAAGGCUGUCGUGCACAUGCAGACACAGGACCCGCUCCGCCCAGGCUCAGUAGCUCACGGCAAUGCAGUGCCGCAACGCAUUAACUGCCGUAGCAGAUGGGAUUGUAGGCAGGAAGUGGUGUAG